AUGGUCCUCGCCAAUCGUCUCUCUGCAUGGAGCAAGUUGCAACAACAUUACGACCAAGAAGGUCAACACCUUGUCAUGAAGGACAUGUUCAACCAAGAUCCCCAACGCUUUGAAAAGUAUUCGCGUCAGUUUUCAGGCAACAACGCGUCAAUCAUGCUUGAUUUCUCCAAGAACCGUAUCAAUGAUACCACUCUUUCGUUGCUAUUGGAACUUGCCAAGGAAGCCAAGGUUGAGGAGAUGCGUAACAAGAUGUUCAGUGGUGAGCAUAUCAACUUUACCGAGGAUCGUGCUGUAUUGCAUGUCGCUUUGCGUAACUUGAGCGAUAAGCCCAUUUAUGACAAUGGUGAAGAUGUCAUGCCUGAAGUACGUGAAGUGCUCGCACACAUGAAGGAGUUCUCUGAAUCGGUGCGUUCAGGUGCAUGGAAAGGCUAUACCGGCAAAGCUAUCACUGAUGUCGUCAACAUUGGUAUUGGUGGCUCUGACCUGGGUCCUGUUAUGGUUACCGAAGCUCUCAAGCCAUAUAGCAAGGAUGGUCUUCGUGUGCAUUUUGUGUCCAACAUUGAUGGUACUCACUUGGCUGAAGUGAUCAAGCAUGCCAAUCCCGAGACUACUUUGUUCAUUGUGGCCAGCAAGACAUUCACUACGCAAGAGACGAUCACCAAUGCUACCUCUGCUAAGGAUUGGUUCCUUUCAUCAGCAAAGGAUGUUGCACACGUGGCCAAACAUUUUGUGGCACUCUCCACCAACACCCAAGCCGUGAGUGCAUUUGGUAUCGACCCCAAGAACAUGUUCAAGUUUUGGGAUUGGGUUGGUGGUCGUUACUCGCUCUGGUCCGCUAUUGGUCUUUCAAUUGCUAUCUACAUUGGCUUUGACAACUUUGAAGAAUUAUUGCGUGGUGCCCAUGAGAUGGAUCAACACUUUUUGAAUACACCUUUGGAGAACAACAUCCCCGUAUUGCUUGCUGUCCUUGGUGUUUGGUAUAACAACUUUUUUGGUGCCGAGAGUGAAGCCAUUCUUCCAUACGACCAAUACAUGCAUCGAUUCCCUGCUUAUUUCCAACAAGGUGAUAUGGAAUCCAAUGGAAAGUACGUGUCUCGCUCAGGUGAACGAGUGGAAACUUCGACUGGUCCCAUCAUCUGGGGUGAGCCUGGUACCAAUGGUCAACACGCUUUCUAUCAGCUCAUCCAUCAAGGCACCAAAUUGAUCCCUUGCGACUUUUUGGCUCCCGUGGAAACCCACAAUCCCCUUGGCAACCAUCACGACAUUUUGCUUUCCAACUUUUUCGCUCAAACGGAAGCAUUGAUGGUGGGAAAGACUGAAGAACAAGUUCGUGCUGAAAUGGGUCCAAAUGCAGAUGCAAACAUUGUACCCCAUCGUAUCUUUUUGGGUAACAAGCCUACAAACUCGAUCAUGUUCCAGAUCCUCAACCCCGCUACUCUUGGUGCAUUGAUUGCCAUGUACGAACACAAGAUCUUCACUCAAGGUAUCAUUUGGGAUAUCAACUCCUUCGAUCAAUGGGGUGUUGAACUUGGCAAACAACUCGCAAAGGCUAUUCUUCCCGAACUCGGUCAAGCUGGUCAAGUCACCUCUCACGAUGCCUCUACCAAUGGUCUUAUCAAUUAUUACAAGUCUCACAAGAAGAACUAA